AAAAAAAGCCAAAAGGAGUGCGUCACAGACCAGUUUACCCUACUUCCUCAAGCGCCCACUGCGACCUGUCAACGCCGUCGUUGUUUCCGAGUUGCUCUAAAAUUCUCCAUUUCUUCUAUCCACCAUCCCGAUUCUCGCCAUUUGAGGUGUCCGAACGAGGAAGAAUUCAUUGUUGCAGAACAAACCUUUGAUUUUUCAGGCAGAUUAAUAGAGAUGGGAGACGUCUCAGGCGACGCUGCCGCUGGCGGAACCAAGGCCACAAUCCUUCCGAUUCCAGGAAGGAGGAAUAUUCUCAUCACCAGCGCUCUUCCGUACGUCAAUAACGUUCCUCACCUCGGCAACAUCAUUGGCUGUGUGUUGAGUGCUGAUGUUUUUGCUCGGUACUGUCGGCUUAGAGGUUAUAAUACUAUUUACAUAUGUGGAACCGAUGAGUACGGAACGGCGACGGAGACAAAAGCAAUGGAAGAGAAAUGUUCUCCUAAAGAGAUUUGUGACAAGUACCACGCAAUUCAUAAAGAAGUUUAUAAUUGGUUUGGUAUUAGUUUUGAUGAAUUUGGGCGCACAUCAUCUCCACAGCAGACCGAAGUUUGUCAAGCAAUAUUUGGAAAACUGCUGGUGAACAAUUGGCUUUCUGAAAACACGAUGCAACAGCUUUACUGUGAUACUUGUGAGAGAUUUUUAGCCGAUCGGCUCGUUGAAGGCAUCUGUCCCACUCCAGGUUGUGAGUAUGACUCUGCACGUGGUGAUCAGUGUGAAAAGUGUGGGAAACUUCUGAAUCCAACUGAAUUGAAAGAUCCCAGGUGCAAGGUCUGUCAAACAACCCCACGUAUCCGUGACACAAAUCACAUGUUUCUUGAACUUCCUUUGCUAAGAAAUAAACUGGAAGAAUAUAUCAACAAGACGUCUGUGGCCGGAUCUUGGAGCCAAAAUGCUAUUCAAGCAACAAAUGCUUGGCUUAAGGAAGGGUUGAAACCUCGGUGUAUUACAAGAGAUCUAAAGUGGGGGGUUCCUGUUCCCCUUGAAAGGUUCAAGGACAAGGUCUUCUAUGUCUGGUUUGAUGCACCUAUAGGAUAUGUCUCCAUUACAUCAUGCUACACAAAUGAAUGGGAGAAAUGGUGGAAGAAUCCAGAAAAUGUGGAGCUUUUUCAAUUCAUGGGCAAGGAUAAUGUUCCUUUCCACACGGUUAUGUUUCCUUCCACUCUUCUUGGAACUGGAGAAGACUGGACCUUGAUGAAAACCAUUAGUGUUACUGAAUAUUUAAACUAUGAAGCAGGAAAAUUUUCUAAAAGUAAGGGCGUAGGAGUCUUUGGUAAUGAUGCAAAAGAUACAAAUAUUCCCGUAGAAGUAUGGAGAUAUUACUUAUUAGCUAAUAGGCCUGAGGUAUCAGAUACAUUAUUCACAUGGGCUGACUUGCAAGCAAAGCUAAAUGGCGAGUUGUUGAACAAUUUGGGCAACUUCAUUCAUCGAGUUUUGAGCUUCAUUGCCAAACCUUUAGGGCAGGGUUAUGGUUCAAUUAUUCCUGAUGUAUCUGAUGCGGACUCUCAUGGAUUGACAUUGGGUUUGGCUGAGAAAGUGGGUAAAUACGUUGACCAAUAUAUGGAAUCAAUGGAGAAGGUUAAACUAAAACAAGGAUUGAAAUCUGCAAUGGCUAUUUCAACUGAGGGAAAUAUAUAUUUGCAAACAGCACAGUUCUGGAAUCUUUACAAGGAGGACAAACCUUCCUGCAAUCUUGUUAUGAGAACCUCAGCUGGACUAGUUUAUCUUCUGGCGUGUUUAUUAGAACCUUUCAUGCCUUCUUUCUCCCAGGAGGUCUUUAAGCAGCUGAAUAUACCAGUGGAACGGCAUAUGUCACUUUGUGAAGAAAAAGGAGAUAUCGAGAGGGCAAAACAACCUUGGAAGAUCUUACCUUCUGGUCAUAAGAUUGGCACACCAGAGCCAUUAUUCAAAGAAUUGAAAGAUGAAGAAGUAGAACUAUACAGAGACAAGUUUGCUGGAAGUCAGGCUCAACGCAUUGUAAGAGCAGAAGCUGAAGCAGAAAAGCUUGCUGCUCAGCUAAAAAGCACUAACGUUUCAGGCAGUGGAAAGAAGCAACAGGCAAAAUCCACAGGAAGCAAAUCAAAAGCUGCUGUGGAACCAGAAAUCACGAUUACAAGACUCGAUAUCCGUGUUGGCCUAAUUACUAAAGCUCAGAAGCAUCCUGAUGCUGAUUCCCUAUAUGUGGAAGAAAUUGAUGUGGGAGAAUCGCAACCUCGAACCGUUGUCAGUGGACUAGUCAAGUACAUUCCUCUUGAAGAGAUGCAGAAUCGGAAGGUCUGUGUUCUUUGCAACUUGAAGCCGGCAGCUAUGAGGGGCAUUAAAUCGCAAGCCAUGGUCCUUGCUGCUUCCAAUAGUGACCACACUAAGGUCGAAUUAGUCGAGCCACCGAAAGACGCUAUUGUCGGAGAAAGAAUUAAAUUCUCAGGAUUCGAAGGCGAGCCCGACAGCGUGUUGAACCCGAAGAAGAAGGUAUGGGAGACACUGCAGGUAGAUUUGGCUACUAACGCAGACCUGGUGGCAUGUUUUAAAGAUAUUCCAUUUACUACAUCUGCUGGUAUUUGCAAAGUUUCCUCUAUUUCUAGUGGCUCUAUCAGGUAGACCAAAAAUCUCAGUCAGAGGACAUCGUUUUCCAGGUUUUGAGUUUUUUCUUUCUGGCAGUGUUUUAUUUUAAAUAUUUACUUUUUUCUUGUAAUUUGAAAUAUUAUUAUUAUGCUUUAUUUAUGGGAUGAUUGGCGAAUCAAAUUGUCCCACGUCAUAGAAAGUUUUAUUCAGGUCCUCA